AGUAGCUUUCGUAGGUGUAUCAUCAUGACACACCGCACCAUCCACCUGUUCCGCAAGGGCCUGCGCCUCCAUGACAACCCGUCUCUAGUGGCGGCGCUGGAGUCCUCGGUGGCCGUGUAUCCUGUGUUUGUGUUGGACCGAGCCUUCGUGGAAGGAGCCAUGGCUACUGGGUCUCUCCGCUGGCGAUUUAUGCUGCAGAGUCUGGAGGACCUGCACAGAAGUCUGAAGGCUAGAGGCUCCCGUCUUCACGUGCUACAGGGAUCCUACCAGGACGUGCUGAGGAAACUGGUGAAACGUUGGGCCAUCACCCAGCUAAGCUUUGAUACAGAGGUCGAGCCACACUACGUCCAACUGGAUGGAGAGUUACACAUUUUGGCCCAGGAGCUGGGGCUCACCAUACACUCCUGUGUGGCCCACACACUGUAUGACAUUAAAAGGGUUGUCAAAGCAAAUGGCGGUGAACCACCUCUCACUUACAAGAAAUUUCUCCACAUCCUUUCACUCCUGGGAGAGCCUGACAAACCUGCCAGAGAGAUUACUGCUCAGGACUUUGAGAAGUGCCGUACUCCCUUAGAUGAAGAACAUGAGGCAGAAUACAGAGUGCCCAGUCUCUCUGAGUUGGGGAUUGAAGUGGAGUAUGAGGUGCUUUGGCCUGGGGGAGAGAGUCAUGCUCUAAAGAGACUGGAGAAACAUUUUGAGAGUCAGGGCUGGGUGGCCAACUUCUCCAAACCGCGCACCAUUCCAAACUCCCUGUUGCCCAGCACCACCGGGCUCAGUCCGUAUCUCAGUCUUGGAUGCCUGUCUGUCCGAACGUUCUACCAUCGACUAAGCAAAAUCUAUGCACAGUCAAAGAACCACUCCCUGCCUCCAGUGUCCUUGCAGGGCCAGGUGCUAUGGAGAGAAUUUUUCUACACUGUGGCUUCUGCCACACCAAACUUCACAAAGAUGGAGGGGAAUCCCAUCUGUCUGCAGAUUGGUUGGUAUGAGGACCCGGAGUCUCUUCAGAAGUGGAGGAUGGCGCAAACAGGCUUCCCCUGGAUCGACGCCAUUAUGACCCAGCUGAGGAAAGAGGGCUGGAUCCAUCACUUGGCCAGACAUGCUGUGGCCUGUUUCCUGACCCGUGGAGACCUGUGGAUCAGCUGGGAGGAGGGCAUGAAGGUGUUUGAGGAGUACCUGCUGGAUGCCGAUUACAGUGUAAACGCAGGAAACUGGAUGUGGCUUUCUGCAAGUGCUUUCUUCCACCAGUACACAAGAAUAUUCUGCCCUGUGCGGUUUGGCCGUCGCACAGACCCCGAUGGCCAGUAUAUCAGGAAAUAUUUGCCAGUGCUGAAAAACCUACCUUCCAAAUACAUUUAUGAGCCCUGGACAGCCCCAGAAGAAGUCCAGCUUAAAGCAGGCUGCAUAAUUGGUAAGGACUAUCCUUUGCCCAUGGUGGAUCACGUGGAGGUUAGCCAGAGGAACCUUACCCUGAUGAAACAAGUGCGCUGUGAGCAGGAAAGCACAGCUGAGCUCACUAGAGAUGUAGCAGAUGAUCCAAUGGAAAUUGGACUAAAACGAGAUUUCCAGGACGAUGGCCUGGCAGAUGGAACUGGUGAGCACAGAGUGAAUGGUACAACCAAACGCUUCAGCUCUGAGAAGGACCACCAGGCCCAGCCCUGCAGCUGGACCACUGAAACACCUCGCCUGACUGAAAUCAGCGGGGAGGUCAUGUAAACCCACCUCCGGUGCUUACCCAGUGGUAUCACCCAAAGAACAGAAAGCAGUCAGCUCAACAAACCUCAUUUAAGGAAACAGUUCAUGGUCUACAACCUUAUAAGCUCAUCGCAGGUUCU